AACCCAACACAGGAUAGUUAAGAACCAUCGGUACAUCAUCCAAUUGGAGAGACUGAGAGAGAGAGAUGGAGGAUGUGGAGAAGGUGAAAGCAGAGGCACUGCAAAUGAUGGGAGUAUUCCAAGUGCUACCAAGGCUCGUUGUUUUCGAUCUUGAUUACACUCUUUGGCCUUUCUACUGUGAGUGCCGCUCCAAGCGGGACACACCUUCUUUGUACCCUCAUGUCAAAGGCAUCAUGUAUGCGCUCAAAGGUGAGGGGAUUGAUGUUGCCAUUGCUUCUAAAUCACCAACUCCUGACAUAGCAACAACGUUUCUUGACAAACUCAGCAUCAGCUCAAUGUUUGUUACCAAGGAAAUAUUUUACAGCUGGCAAAACAAAACAGAUCAUUUUCAGAAAAUCCAUUCAAGCACUGGGGUGCCCUUUAAAUCAAUGCUCUUCUUUGAUGAUGAUGAUAAUAACAUUCAAGGGGUAACAGAGAUGUCUCAAAAAUGGGAGUAACAAGCAUUUUGGUCAGGAAUGGGGUAAACCUUGGAGUCUAUAAAGAAGGCCUUACAAAAUUUUCUCUAAAGUGGGAUGCAUCAAAGGACAAGCAGGGAAGGCGUAAGUAACACUCUCAGGAACGCAGAUACUUCGAACACGAUGAUGCAUGAAAUUGAAUAUCCAAAUAAGUUUCCCUAUCUGCAUUUAUAUAGAACCACAUGAACUGAAUGUAUACCUUGAAGCAUUUUUAAUAUAAAACGUAGAUGUAUAUCUUGUUGAAUGAAAAUCUCAUAAUGCUAGACAUUAAAAAUUUGAGUAUUUAGAUUUCAACCAAGUAAAAACAA